AUGGAGACGCGUGGCCCUGGCCUGGCUGUCCCCGCGAAGAGCCGCCCACUAGUCGGCAGCGAGUCUCGGGCGCCCCCGGGGCGGGUUGGGUUGCAGCCCAGCGGGCGGAUGGACCGCCGCGGUGGGGCAGGGGCAUCGGGGUACCAGAACAACGACGGCGAGGAGGAGGAGCGGGAGGGCGGCGCCGCGGGCCCGCAGGGGUCUAGACUGCCCCCCAUCCCAGGCGGCGCCUCCGAGCUGGCCAAACGGAAAGUGAAGAAGAAGAAAAAAAGGAAGAAGAAGACCAAGGGGUCUGGCAAGGGGGACGAUAAACAUCAGAGCCUGAGCGUGAAGAGCCGGCUGCUUUCUUCCUCCUUUCAUGACAUCUUAAGUCCCGGCAAAGACCGUGGCCCGAAACCGGAGCACAGACAGAACAAAGUGGAGAACAAGCACCUCCCUUCGGACUCCUCCACCGUCAGCCUCCCCGACUUUGCCGAAAUAGCCGAGAACCUUGCGAACCAGAUCAACGAAAGUCUGCGCUGGGAUGGAGUUCUUGCUGACCCAGAGGCAGAGAAGGAAAGGGUUCGCAUCUAUAAACUGAACCGGAGAAAGCGGUACCGGUGCUUGGCCCUCAAGAGCUUCCACACCGACCCUGAUGCCCUCAAGAGCUUCCACACCGACCCUGAUGCCCUCAAGGGCUUCCACACCGACCCUGAUGCCCUCAAGGGCUUCCACACCGACCCCGGCACCCUCAAGGGCUUCCAGUCCGACCCCGGCGCCCUCAAGGGCUUCCAGUCCGACCCCGGCGCCCUCAAGGGCUUCCAGUCCGACCCCGGCGCCCUCAAGGGCUUCCAGUCCGACCCCGGCGCCCUCAAGGGCUUCCAGUCCGACCCCGGCGCCCUCAAGGGCUUCCAGUCCGACCCCGGCGCCCUCAAGGGCUUCCAGUCCGACCCCGGCGCCCUCAAGGGCUUCCAGUCCGACCCCGGCGCCCUCAAGGGCUUCCAGUCCGACCCCGGCGCCCUCAAGGGCUUCCAGUCCGACCCCGGCGCCCUCAAGGGCUUCCAGUCCGACGCUGACGCCCUCAAGGGCUUCCAGUCCAACCCCGAUGCCGAGGAGGAGACCCCUGAGAACUUACUCUACCUCUCAGACAAAGACGGCAGCUCCAGCUGCAGGCAGCCCACAUCGACAGCUGAGCACCCCAAUCUCUACUUGGAAGGAAACCUUACCCCAAAGCUUCUACACUCUGAUUUAGCUCCUACUCUGCUGGAGUAAAACUCCACCCACAAUGCGACAAACUGAUAAUUUCUCCUUACCACAAGUUUAUGUGUUAAAAACAGUCAUCAUAGAAGGAAAUGAGACCAAUACACAGACGAGACGAGGCCGACUCUCCCAUCACCAGGAUGCCCUCGGCUGCCCGGGAAAGCCACAGCUCCUUGAGAACAUACGCAAUUUAGUGAACAGAAUUCUUUUCAGAAUUUCCUUUUUCUUAAAUAAGCAUCUCUGUUAUUUCUCACCACAGCUAGGUGUCUAUAAUCUGCCCCCAAAAGAAAAGAAAGUGUGUAGAUUAUUUACAUCUUAAAGUCUUCAUCUCAUGGUAAAACUCCUCAUACAGUACCUGCUUCUGUCGGCCCAAGGACCAUGCCCUGAACCUCUUGGAGCCUUUUUCUGUUUUAAUUAAAUGCACGUCCUGCCUUUAAACGGCCUCAGAAUAAGUGGGUUCCAGAACUUCAUCCCUGGGAAGUUACUAUAGAAGUCCCAAAAGGAAUAUUGCUUCUUUUAUGAACAUGGUCCUCUCCUAA